UAGUGUGACGUCACAGUAGCCUAGUUGGGUUAGGUUUUACGCUGGAAUUUGUAACGAAAAAUUUUUUGUUUAAACGAUUAUUGUUUUUUACGCUGCACCUGUCGACCUGAUAGCCGUGCAGACUGGUUCAGCGUCGGUCAAGUAUUCGUCGUCUGGUAUAAAGUGCUCGCGCGCGGCUCGUGCUACGCGGCGUAUAUGAAAUUAUUAAAUAGAAAAUGAGUCGACAUGAAGGGGUAAGUUGCGAUUCCUGCCUCAAGGGAAAUUUCCGUGGACGCAGGUAUAAGUGCCUGGUGUGCUACGACUAUGAUCUGUGCGCAAACUGCUAUGAGGCAGGUGCUAAUACAACACGGCAUCUCGUCGAUCAUCCUAUGCAGUGUAUCCUGACAAGAUCCGACUUUGAACUCUAUUACGGCGGAGAAGGAGUGAGCAUUGAGCAGCCGCAAUCUCUGACGUGUCCUUACUGUACUAGGAUGGGAUUUACAGAAGCUACGCUGCAAGAACAUGUUGCAGCAGAUCAUCCGGAUACGUCGUUUGAAGUGGUAUGUCCAGUGUGCGCAUCUUUGCCUGGGGGGGACCCCAAUCAUGUGACUGAUGAUUUUGCUGGACAUUUGACCCUUGAACAUCGAAGCGGUCCAAGAGAUUUAAUAUCCUUCCUUGAUGAACCAGCUUCUAGUCGCCACAACGUUCGACGAAUGCCACACCCGUCUCGAGGUGUCGGAGCUCCGCGAGCCCGGAGGUCCAACAUGCAUUUUAGUUCAUCAGGAGCGCUGAGUCCUAGCAGUCGAGAAGGUAUCGAUCCAAUCACAGAACUCCUGUCUCAACUGUCAGGGGUACGACGAACUGGAGCUGGCACAGGUCAAGGAUCCUCUGCACCUUCGCAACUACAACAGUUGCAAAUGCAGUUGCAGCUUGAACGUCAGCAAGUCAGGGCUGCACGGCAACAACUAGAGAGACUGCCAAGGAGACAGCCGCAAGUUAUUGGCACAGUUAGCGGGGGUGUGGCCAGCAGUGGACACUCAGCCACGAUGGCCAGCGUGGUUACCAACAGCUCGGCCAGCAACAACAACGCUGCUGUCAAUGCUAACAACGCUGCUAAUCCAUCCAACCCAUCGUCGCUGAACUCUCAGAACUCCAUGUUUCUGUUACCCAGGUGCAUGACGAAUACGCUGUCCGACUCCCAGCUGCAGAUUAUUGAACGAGAGAGUGCAAACAGGAGUUUGUUCACGCGGGAGAUUGUCGUAAGCACAUUGUCUCAGGCUCUGCCUGAGCUGAUUCAACAAUCGGCUGUCCAGACUCCUGGAUCGACAGCAACGACAACACCAGAAACUCCAAGCGGUGUAGUGGCACUGGUUCCGGCGAAGAAGAGUAACUCGAACCAAGAAGUGAAAAGGGAUCAAACAACCACGAACAAAUAUGUUGUCCAACAAAAUCCACAGCAGCAACAAUCGCAUCAAACUCUACAGACAGGAGCGGCUGCCACAGGAAGUCAGUCCCAAGCCGCAACUACGGUUGGGCCUACAAACCAAGGACUUCCUCCUAAUCCCAAUGCGGUCUCUGCUCAGAAUACACCCAUAGUCCAGACUUUAAUGCACAGCGUAUUGCCGCAGCCAUUGGUACUGCAACAGCCUCUGUCCCCAGCGCCAGUAAGGAACACUGGAACUGGUACGAUUAGGGAGCCAGUUGCUGCUCCAGCGCCAGCUUACAUGCGGGGUGGCGUAGGUCCUGUAAGUGUGACAGGACCGUCACGCAGAAAACCUGUAAGAGCUGUCGAUGGGAGGAACCAAUCCACUGAGCCGCCGCCACCACACUAACCCCACCCUUUUGCCGGAAAAAAUUACCCCUAUAGGCCCUCUAGCACUAGUCCUAGCACUGUUUAGAACACCUCAUCAUUAUUGUUAUUAUUAUUAUAAUAUUAUAUAUUGAUAAUUAUUUGAAAUACCCCCGACCCCCCACUUUAUCUUCUUCUGUACCUCAGCGUAAUUUCUUUUGCUGUAGUACUUUUUCUGCCUCAUUUAUUCCACAUGACAACUUAAACCACCUUGGUGAAAGGUAGUCUGCCGAUAGAUGGCGAGAGUUGAAAAUUUACUACUGCUGCUACUACUACUACUGCUACUGCUACUGCUACUGCUACUACUACUACUACUACUACUACUACUAUUACUAUUAUUAUUAUUAAUUAUUAUUAAUUAUUAUUAUUGUGUUUGAAUAUCGUGAUAUUUGAAACAGUAUGCAUAUUUUGAUUGAAGAAUAUUUAAUAAAUAUACAUAUACUCUUGUGCUUUUCCGCUGAUUGAAGGACUGCUAAUUCGGUAACAUAUACACACACGAACUUGCUACACGUAGACUGUGAUAUGGUGAAAUUUCAUUUCGCAAAAAGACUCGAGACAUACGUAUAUUUCUGGGAAUGGUGAAAUAAUAGUAAAUGUAAAAUAAAAAGAAUAAACUGUUACACGUCGGGUGGAAUAAUAUUUUUUGCUGUGUCCAUAAUUAACGCGGCUGACUACCUCUUGCAAUACAAAAGGCUUUAACAAGGAAAAUGAAUCAAAUGAAAUAAUAAUUGAUAAUAAUUAGGUUAUAUAAUUUGAAAGAAUCGUAUCGGGGUCAUUUUUGAUUAUGAUACACUACUGCUAUUAGUAUUACGACUACUACUACUAUGACUACUGAGUAAAGUACUGCUUUUGAAACUCGCUGCUGGUGCCGCUUCUGUGGAUUUAGACUACAUACUGUAAAAAAAUAUUAUUCUGUUUGUUAACUGUUGUCAUUUGCCAAAUCCUUAUUGUUCAAUUGAGUUUGAUUCUUUAUCUGUCACAUGACUAAUUUAUCUUAUUUUUUGGGGGGUAGUUGAACAUUUUUGAAAAUUAAACUACAAAUCUGUGAAUUGAAUGUAAAAAAAGAAACGUUACAACCAAAAAUGUUUUAAUAUGCGUGAAUGAGAAAAUAUUUUAUCAAACGAGAGGUGAAGAAAUAAAUUCGGAAAAAUGAAACGAAAAAUGCAAAAUUGCAAAAUAUAUUACCUGGCAUGUGAUUCUUGUUUGAUAAGGACGGCAAAAAAAAAAAAAGGAAAAAAUACUACUCGUUUGCAGUAAUUAUUACUAUACUAAUUAUUAUUAAUAUUAUUAUUAUUCGUUGAGUACGUUUUAUACCCAUGUGCUAACUCCUGGACAUGCUGAAGUUUCCUGGUAAAUGCAUAUUGAAUUAUACCAUACGCUGUAGUUUAACAUAUAAAAUAUAACGUGAGAUACGUUUGUAAAAUCAAUUGGUGUCUCAUCAAUUAAUUAAUUAACAAUAUAAAGAACACUUGAGUAAUUAACGUGGUGAGUAAGUAUUAUCAUUGGGUUAAUUGGAUUCUAGAAGAAAAAAAAUUCUUGAUGCUGUUGAUAUGUACAAAACGAGAGAAAAUGCAUUGAACAAAAUCAAUAUAUGAAAAUCAGAAAAAACAAAAUGUAGGUACAUGAAUACUAAUUUCAAUCUAACUAUAUCUAUAGUCAAGAGCAUUAUGAUAUUCUUUGUUCUAUCAGUGUGCAUAGUGUACAAUAGUACUCGCUCCGAUGUGAUUCUGAUUUAUCAAAAACAAAAAAACGAAAUUUGUAAAAUAACUUAAGUUAUAAAUAAUAAAUGAUAAAUAUAAAGUUUUAAAAAUACCUAGAAUUUAGAACAUGGUGUCAAACUUACUCAAUUUCAAAUAUCCCUAAUUAUUCCUAGAGAUUAUUACAGUAGGCAUCAAUUGAAGAUAAAUCAUUGGUGGAUAAAUCAAUCUUAAUUUAUUAUUACUUGGCAAUCAAAGAAAUAACUAUUUUGAACAGAAUUAUUACUUUACUAAUGAUCAUUUUGCAUCUUUACAUCAUAUUACCAUCAAUAUUUCCUUCUUACAUUGGCGCCAACUGACUAACAUUUCAAGCGACAUGAAGGAUGAUAAACGUUUUCUGAUGAUGGUCGGCCGGGACCGGGGCCAAAACGUCAAAUAAAAUUAUGUGACUGUUUUAUACCCAAGAACUCCAUUCACUCAUUACCUAAUUACGGCAAUGAAGUCUGUCAAUGUUAGAUCAAUAUUUAGUUAUGCGAUCCACUCUUUUCUAUUUUCGACCUCAUUAUCGCAUUAUUUUUCCUCCUCACGUUUCAAAUCAAUUAUUGUACAGUACAACCUAAUUUUUAUCUAAAACUUGUUGCUCGAUUCUUUGGAUUUACGAUUGUAAUUUGAGAAACUCUACAAGUAACACGCACUAUUAAAAAAUAGAAUGAACGAAAGAUGAUAACUUGCUAAAUUUUUCACAUCACCUAUUGUAAAAAUGAACGGAGCCCAACUGGACACGUAUUCGAUAACAUCCACUACAUUAUAGUACAUUUUUACAAAAUUGAAUUCUCUGUAAUGCACGUUCAUCAUGUGUAUUGUAAACGAAUAAAGCUGAUCGGUAUAACUGAA